AUGGGCAAACUAUUUUCUAAGCUUUUUGGAAGUAAAGAGAUGCGUAUUCUUAUGCUAGGCCUUGACGCCGCUGGGAAAACAACGAUCCUUUACCGAUUAAAGCUUGGAUCAAGUGUCAGCACCAUUCCUACAGUUGGUUUCAAUGUCGAGACUGUAACUUAUGGGAAUGUAAAAUUUAAUGUUUGGGAUGUUGGUGGUCAAGAGAAAAUCAGACCAUUAUGGCGUCAUUAUUUCACUGGAAGUCAAGGUCUUAUAUUUGUUGUGGAUAGUUCAGAUCGAGAUAGAAUAGAAGAAGCCAGGCAACAAUUACAUCGGAUAGCUAAUGAUAGAGAAAUGGAAGAUGCUGUUGUCCUGGUGUUUGCAAAUAAACAAGAUCUUCCUAAUGCUAUGAAACCGAAUGAAAUUCAAGAACGUCUUAUGCUUACACGAAUGCGUGAAGGACGUCUUUGGUAUGUUCAACCGUCGAUUGCUACAACAGGUGAAGGAUUAUAUGAAGGUUUAACAUGGUUAAAUUCAAAUUAUAAUUCUCGGUGA